AUGUACAAUAACAAUUCUGAAAAGAGUUCACUAUCAUCAUCACGAGGAGGAAGAGGAUAUGAUCAUUCUUACAACACUCGUGGAGGAGGUACACGUGGUGGAAGAGGUUAUGCAUCAAGGGGAGGAAGAGGAGGAGGUACACGUGGUGGACGAGGCUCAUACCAUUCUCAUCAUCAUCAUUCAAAUUCAUACUACCAUCAUCCAAGUAGUAACAAUAGAAGUCAUUAUCAAAAUGAUCCUUAUAACAACAACAACAAUAACCAUCAUCAAAAUAAUAAUUAUCACAACACCUUUGACAACACUGCACAUGGAGAAGAAGAGAAUUAUUUUGCACAAUUACAGCAAGACUCCAUAAAUCAGCCUUAUUAUGCUCAAAACCGUGGUUCACCAUCAUCCGAUUAUAAUUAUGAAAUGGCUCAACAAUACGAAGAAUUACCACAACAACAAUUUCAACCACCACCAGUUCAACAAACAGUGCCACAACAAACACAGCCCACACUAGUCGUUCAUCAGCAACAACCUUCAUCACAGUUCACCAACUCAUAUGGACAUAUCUCUAAUUCUAUCAAAUUUACCUCACAACCAAUUCAUUCUAUUGAUUACAUUCAGAAUGAUCCAGCCAAUAGCAACAUGAUGAACUCUCAACAGGUACCACCACACAAUUAUUAUUCGACAUAUCCUCAGCAACCACUUUCUUCCGAGCACGGACCUAUCCCCUCGACAUCGAAUUAUUAUCAUCCACCUCCUCCACCGUCUGCCAUUCAAGGAGUGCCCCAACAUAUGGGUUAUCAAACUUCGUAUUAUUCGAAAGGAAUCAGGCUUCCACAAUCUCAACGAGAUUUACUGAGUGAUUGCUCGACAUUAUCAAGUACAAGCUCUUUCAUUUCUCAAGAUCAACACUCUAUUGAUAGUCACUCAUCCUUCUCUCAGGAGCGUCAACAGAUACAAGCUGUCAGAAUCACUGGAAUUCCAAAUCAAUUGUCUAUUCCGCAAUUUUUGUCACUACUCAAGUCCAAUGUUCCCAUUUUGAAUGGAAAUAUCAAAAACGAGCACUUAGUUAAGCCAAUAUCAAACCCAAAGUUUCCAGAUAGCUAUUAUAUUUUUCUGAAUAUUAAUGGCGUGGAUGGAUUUGAGGCAAUUAAGAAUCACCUGAACAAUUCUUCAUCUUCAUCUAUUUAUGGCUCCACUAUUUCAGCUUCCUUGAAAUUUAAUUAA